UUCGAAAGACGAACAACGAGCCUCCCGAAUAUCCUACGGUUGGUUGCUUAAUAACAUUGCUUUGACAACUCAAGAUGCCUUCUUUCGAUCCCAUUCGUGCAAAAAUGGAAGCCGGAGGCUGUGCUCCAUCGGCGAUUGCCGCCUUCGAGUCGACCUAUGGUAGUCUCGUCUCGGGUGAUUCCGGAAUGAUUUUGGAAGACUCUAUUGCGCCCGUCCCCCAGCUGGACAAGACCGCGGAGCUGGAUAUUGCACCCAACGCCACCCUUCUUGCCGAGACGGUAGUUCUCAAACUCAAUGGUGGACUCGGCACGGGUAUGGGUCUGGACAAGGCCAAGUCCCUGUUGCCAGUCAAGGGGGACGACACCUUUUUGGAUUUGACCGCCAAACAAGUCAUUCAAAUGCGUAAGGAAUACGGUUUGAACGUCAAGUUUAUGCUCAUGAAUUCGUUUUCUACUUCCGACGAUACCUUGAGCUUUUUGAGUUCCAAAUACCCUGAUCUUGCUUCCGAGGAAGGUUUAGAAAUGAUGCAAAAUAAGGUCCCCAAGUUGAACGCGGAGACUCUCGAGCCGGCAUCUUGUGAAUCCGAUCCGGAAAAUGAGUGGUGUCCGCCGGGACACGGUGACUUGUACGCGGCCUUGGUUGGCUCUGGUCGUCUUGAUGCCCUGCUCAAGGAAGGGUUCAAAUAUAUGUUUGUCUCCAAUUCGGACAACCUUGGUGCUAGCCUGGACCUUGAAAUUCUGACUUACUUUGCCGAGAAGAAUGUACCCUUCUUGAUGGAGUGCUGCGAACGUACAGAAAACGACAAAAAGGGAGGGCACUUGGCCGUCCGCAAAUCCGAUGGACAACUUAUUCUUCGGGAAUCUGCUAUGUGCGCUGAAGAGGAUGAAGAUGCAUUCAGUGAUAUCAGCAAGCACCGCUUUUUCAACACCAACAAUUUGUGGGUUCGUCUCGAUAAACUCAAGGAGAUCAUCGACCGCAAUGGCGGCUUUAUUCCUCUGCCCAUGAUCAAAAACAAAAAGACGGUCGACCCCAAGGACGACUCGUCGACCCCGGUACUGCAGUUGGAAACCGCUAUGGGUGCCGCUAUUGAAUGUUUCGAAGGCGCCAGCGCGGUGGUUGUUCCUCGCACACGCUUUGCGCCCGUCAAAAAGUGCAGCGAUCUGCUCUUGCUGCGCUCCGAUGCAUACUUGCUCGUGGACCACAAGCCGGUACUCAAUCCAGCCUGCAACGGGAGCGCGCCCGUGAUCAAUCUCGACAGCAAACUAUACAAGCUGGUCGGCGCCUUGGAAGAAGCAACCCAGGACGGCAUUCCGUCCCUCGUCAAGUGCGACAAAUUGACUAUCAAGGGUUUGGUCCGGAUGUCGAAAAAGACCAAGUUUGUGGGUGAUGUCAAGAUUGUCAACUCGAGCGCCGAAUCUAAGUUUGUGCCCACCGGUGAAGUAACAGGGGAACACGAUCUGACGUCUAAUGCUGGUCUUGGCAAGCUAAAGCCCACCUCUGUUUCAACAGCACCAAUUGCGGGACAAAAGCCUGGUACUUCAGGACUCCGGAAGAAGGUUGCCGAAUUCAAGAAGGAAAACUACCUUAACAAUUUUGUACAAGCUGCUUUUGACGCCAUCAAGGCCAGUGGUACGGACAUAUCGAAGGGGUCCUUGGUAAUUGGUGGUGAUGGUCGCUACUUCAACCCUGAAGCAAUCCAAAUACUUAUUCAGAUGGGUGUUGCUAACGGCGUCAGACGUUUCUGGAUUGGACAGGACGGCCUCUUGUCGACACCCGCCGUUUCUGCGAUCAUUCGGGAAGGCGGCCCGCGUUGGCAAAAGGCAUUUGGAGCCUUUAUUUUGACGGCUAGUCACAAUCCCGGUGGCCCAACGGAAGAUUUUGGUAUCAAGUACAACUGCGAACAUGGUGAGCCCGCUCCGGAGAGGAUGACGGAUGAAAUUUACGCCAACACAACGACGAUUAAGUCCUACAAGAUUUGUAAGGAAUUCCCCAACAUUGACAUUGGCGCUGCGGGCCACUCCAAGAUCAUGUCUGACGACGGCAGCGCCGAAGUCAAUAUUGAAGUAAUUGAUUCCACCGAAGCUCACGUCAAGUUGUUGAAAUCUAUUUUUGAUUUCUCGGCCAUCAGAGGGCUGUUGGAUCGCCCCGACUUUUCCAUGGUCUACGACGCCAUGCACGGUGUCAACGGGCCGUACGUAAAAAAAGUAUUCUGCGAUAUUCUGGGGCAGGACCUCUCCGUCACACUGAACUGUGUCCCCAAGGACGACUUCAACGGAGGCCAUGCCGACCCCAACCUCACGUACGCCAAAGAGCUUGUUGCCGUCAUGGGGCUUAAUCGCAAGGGCGAAAAGAUCGAUAUGGGCGGACGUCCUAUUCCCAGCUUUGGUGCGGCCGCCGACGGCGACGGAGACCGCAACAUGAUUCUGGGCACACAGUUUUUUGUCAGUCCGUCCGAUUCCUUGGCAGUCAUUGUUGCCAACGCCGACACCAUUCCAUUCUUCCGCACGCAAGGUGGACUCAAGGGCGUCGCGCGGUCCAUGCCAACGUCCGGCGCCGUCGAUCUCGUCGCCAAGGACCUGAACUACAGUUUGUUUGAAACACCUACGGGAUGGAAAUACUUCGGGAACCUGAUGGAUUCCAAAGAGCUUUUUGACGGUGCCGAAUACACUCCGUUUAUUUGUGGGGAAGAAUCGUUCGGCACAGGCUCCGAUCACAUUCGCGAAAAGGACGGACUUUGGGCCGUGCUGGCUUGGCUCAGCAUUUUGGCGCACGCCAAUACUAACAGCCUAAGUGACACACUGGUGACCGUGGAAGACAUUGUCAAGGCUCAUUGGGCAAAGUACGGACGCAACUACUACAGCCGCUGGGAUUUCGAGAACAUGAAUGCGACCAAGGCGAACGCCAUGAUGGACAAGAUGCGGGCGGAAACAGACGCGAACACGGGCAAGACGGUGGGCAAGUACUCGAUCGAAAAGUCCGACGACUUUGUGUACGUGGAUCCCGUGGACGGCUCGGUGGCCAAGAAGCAGGGGAUGCGGUUCCUAAUGACGGAUGGCUCGCGGAUUAUUUUCCGUUUGAGUGGCACGGCGGGCAGUGGCGCCACGGUCCGCAUGUACAUCGAACAGUACGAACCGACGAAGAUUGACAUGGUGGCUUCAGAGGCUUUGGCAGAUUUGAUUCGAGUCGCACUGGAUUUAUCUGACCUCAAGGGAUUCCUCGGAACUGAAGAACCAACCGUAAUUACGUAACUGAUGUUCGAGCUCUGGCAACACGUCCUGCUAGGUCUCAGUGUGGCUAACUAAACGAGCCAGCCAGAACAGUUUCCUCCGUCUGAUAUAUGAAUGAUGUGACUCGCUCAGGAAUCGAUUCGUAAUUGUCGAGUAGAGCAACUUAAUAGUGCAACAACGAUAGCCCUAGUGCAAAAUCCUCGUCUCGUUUCGAUGGGUUCAUGCAUCCUAAUGCAAGCUGAAUAUUUCGUUGUCUAUCCGAGUAAUACAAAGAGAAAAUUCGGUAUUUGGGAUGAGCAGGGGUGAAAUUUUCGCUAUUUGGGAAAAAUCACACUGUUUCUAAGUGUUUUUAUUUUCGCGGGAAAUACUUUCUAAGUAAUCUUUUU